GGGCCUGUGCGCGCCCCGGGGACCGAGGGUUUGCGCGCCGCCCCGGGGCCUCUGCCCGGUGCCGGCAUCCCACCUCCAGUCCCUGAGACCGCCUCCCGUCCCACGAGGCCCCUUCCCGCCACGCCACGAGGAGGGAUCCCGACGCACGCUGGGGAGGGGGCGUGGGACGGGCGGAUCGCCGGCUUGGUAGCCGGCCUGCAGACCGCGUAUCGGAGCCCGAGUAGACCGGGCUGGGCCAGAAGCCCCGAGGCUCGUGGGGACAUUCUUGGGCCCCUAAUACGGACGUAUCAAGUGGCUGGGUGCACUGGUGACAGGUGCCAACUGAAAGGAUGGAUCCAGUGCUCUCUGCGGUUCGACUCACCGUCCGGGAAGCUGUGCACAGUCUUUCAUCUUCUGAGGACGGUGGCCUCAUCUUCUCCACCCUGGGGUCUCUGAAGCGGUAUCUCGGUGAAACGGAGAACCCAGCCCUUCCAGGAGAGCAGGAGGAGUUUGCCAGGGUCCACUAUUCUGCCUUUCUCAGAUGUCUUGUUGGCAAGCUGAGCCCAGACUGGCUGGAGCUGCUCCCCAAUGGGCAAUUGGAGGAGCUGUGGGCUAGCUUCUUCCUGCAGGGCCCGGCCGACCAAGCCUUCCUGGUGCUGAUGGAAGCCAUCGAGGGCACGGCCGGCCCCAGCUUCCGUCUGAUGAAGAUGGUGCAGCUGCUGGCCCGGUUCCUGAGGGAGGGUAGGAUGGCCGCUGUGAUGGAGGGGCAGUGUUGGCAGCAGAAGGAGCUGGCCUCCCCCCUGCUCCAGGAGGCGCUCGUCACCAAGGUGGUGGGCUUGCCCGACCGCCUGGGCAACUGUCUGCAGCGUGAGAACCUGGCCGAGUUCUUCCCCCAGAACUACUUCCCUCUGCUCGGCGAGGAGGUCGUGCGGGUGCUGCAGGCGGUUGUGGACUCUCUCCGAGGCGGCUUGGAUUGCUCCGUCUCCUUCGUGUCUCAGGUCCUCGGGAAAGCCUGUGUCCAUGGGAGGCAGAAGGAGAUCCUGGGUGUACUGGUGCCCCGGCUGACGGUGUUCACCCAGGGCAGCUGCCUCUGGCAGCGGGUCUGCUGGCGCCUGAUGGAGUGCGUGCCUGAUCGCGCCGUGGAGGCUGUGCUGACGGGGCUCGUGGAGGCCACCCCCGGGCCGGAAGUCCUCUCGAGACUGUUGGGGAACCUAGUGAUGAAGAAUAAGAAGGCCCAGUUUGUGAUGACCCAGAAAUUUCUGUUCCUGCAGUACGGAUUCACGACGCCGGUGCUGCAGAGCCUGCUGGGGUACCUGGCCAUGGACAGCCAGCGGCGCCCGCUCCUCGUACAGGCGCUGAAGGAGCUUCUGGACACGUGGGGCAGCAGCAGCGCCGUCCGCCAUGCACCCCUGCCCCAGCAGCGCUACCUCAGCAAGGCCAUCCUCAUCUGCCUGGCACACCUGGGGGACGCGGAGCUCCGGGACAGCCGGGAUGGGUUGCUGGCCAGCCUGAUGGCAGGGGUGAAGUGCCGCCUGGACAGCAGCUUGCCCGCUGUGCGCCGUCUGGGCAUGAUCGUGGCCGAGGUGGCCAGCGCCCGGAUCCACCCUGAAGGGCCUCCCCUGAAGUUCCAGUACGAAGAGGAUGAACUGAGCUGCGAGUUGCUGGCGUUGGCCACCCCCCGCCCUGCGGCUGACAGCCCCUCGGAGGCGGGCCCAUCUGUCACUGCAGUUGCUGCAGAGACCCCUGACAAAGGGACCGUGGACGGUGGAGUUCCCCAGGCACGGCUAGAGGGCUCUGACUCUGAACUUGACAGUGAUGAUGAGUUUGUCCCCUAUGACAUGUCGGGGGACCGAGAGCUAAAGAGCCGCAAGGCACCCAUGUACAUCCGGGACUGCGUGGAAGCCCUGAGCACAUCCGAGGACUGGGAGCGCUGGGAGGCGGCCCUGCGGGCCCUCGAGGGGCUGGUCUUCAGGAGCCAGGCUGCCACUCGGGAGGUGAGCGUGGAGCUGGCCAAGGUGCUCCUGCACCUGGAGGAGAAGACGAGUGUGGUGGGAUUCGAGGGGCUGCGCCAGAGAGCCCUGGUGGCUGUCACGGUCACAGACCCGGCCCGGGUGGCGGAGUAUCUGACGUCCCAGUUCUACGCCGUCAACUACAGCCUCCGGCAGCGCAUGGACAUUCUGGACGUCCUGACUCUGGCCGCCCAGGAGCUGUCUCGGCCAGGGCGCCUCGGCAGGGCUCCCCAGCGUAGCUCCCUGGACGCCCCCUCCCAGCCCAGCUGCACUGUGGCUCCCGCCUGGCGGGCAGUGGUGGAUGAGCGGAUCAGAAACAAGACCCGACGCUUCUCGAAGGGCUGUCCCAGGUGGGGACCGGCUGGCAGCCCCAACGAAUUCAAUGUGGUGGCUGGCUACUUCUUCUUCCCCCUCCUUCGGCGUUUUGACAAGCCUCUGGUGACGUUCGACCUUUUGGGAGACGACCAACUGGUUCUCGGGAGACUGGCCCACACCUUAGGGGCGCUGAUGUACCUGGCUGUGAAUACUACGGUGGCUGUACCCAUGGGCAAGGCCCUGCUGGAGUUUGUGUGGGCCCUUCGCUUCCAUGGCGACGGCUACGUGCGCCGGGGCCUGCUGUCUGCCGUCUCCUCCGUCCUCCUCAGCGUUCCGGCCGAGCGACUGCUGACAGACAUGUCGGACGAGCUGUUAGAAGCCCGGUCGUGGCUGGCAGAUGUGGCCGAGAAGGACCCGGAUGAGGAUUGCAGGAUGCUGGCCGUGAAGGCGCUGCUGCUUCUGGAGAAACUCAAAGACAAGCUCCUUUCACUGUCUUCCCCUUAGUCCCCUGGCACCACUCCUGUUGGAAGAGGGGAAGGCCACCAGGGCCAAGCGCAAGGCCCAAGGAGCCAGGCUGACACUGACAUGUGGCUUUGUGGUGCGGCCGCUGGUGGGGUCGGCCGGCCACUCGGUGCUGAGCGCGAAGCAGGGAGGCCCAUGCCACUGUGUACGCCAGGGCCUCUGGGCGCUGCCCCAAUGGACAGAGCAUCCCAAACGCGAGGGUGGGUGGUCCCGAGGAGAGACACGGGACAGGCGGCUGGAGUGGAGGAGGGUGAGCGCACUGCUGCUCAGGGCCUGGAUCUGCUCCCGUGAGAGCCACCAAGACGGGCUGCUGGCCCGUGGGCUCCUCAGCGUCACGUCCUCAGCCCCUCUCCUCACCUAAAGGCAGGUGAUGUUAGAAAAACAACAAAAAAGGGAGAAUUAAAGGUGCUACGGUA